CUCGACCCCGCGUCGAACCAACAACGAAUAAAUGCUUCGAGGUUGUGGUUCCGCUUAUGUCUGAAUAGACGAAGACAGAAUUUUCUGUCAAGACUACGGUCUAAGCCCUGUUUGGGGACUUGGCGACUUCUGAGCUUUCAUAAAUUAGACAAUCUGCCCACAGACCUAGUAAUCAUCGAGCGACAGACCGUUGAUUCAUAAUCCAAGGCAUCGUCUUGACGGUUAAUCGAUAUGUCCGCCAAAACAUGCAUGGGAGCCUGCUUAUGCGGUAAGCUCAAAUACCGCAUUGAUCUCUCCCCAGACCAGCCCCUGCCGAAGCUUGUUAUCUGCCACUGCAUCAGCUGCAAACGCUACACGGGAUCAGCAUACUCCUCAAACAUUAUUGUCCCCCAGAGUGCUUUCACUUUCACCUCAGGGGAACCCAAGCUCUUCAUGGAUGACACCGACGCGGGGCCCAAGUUGCGUCGACAGUUCUGUGGUGACUGCGGUUCACCUAUAACGUCGGAGCCCAACCAGAGCCCUGACCUCAUCGUCAUCAAAUCGGGGACACUAUAUGAUCGUGACUUAUUCACCGAGGUUGGAGCUGAGAUCUACUGUUCUCGGAAGGACAAGUUCUUGGAUAAUCUCAGCGGUGCCCACCCGAGGAUGGAGAAGGGCACUGAAUGAUCUAUCUCUGGAGGUGUUCUGUAUGGUGCGUAGCUAUUCUACUUCCAGUAGCAUCGGCUGGGCGUAUGGAUUCA